CGUGUCAGAAUCAACCCCAAAACCUGGUGGGAGGAUAUUGGGUCAAUAGCAAAUUCUGAGAAAUAAUAGAAGUAUCAGUGUUUAUGCUCACCUCUGACAUUGCAGAUCUCUCCCUCUCAGAUGUAGGCAGGCUCUCCUCCACACAGAGGAGGCAGAGGGUGGAGCUCGGCGCCUGUAUAAAUUAUAUGUGUCCCUCAGGUUGUUUCAGCAGCAGCACAACAAGCUGCCGGCGUGUUUGUCAGCUGACGGAUCUGCUCGCCACGCUGGGGUUUCGGCUCUGCCGCCAUCUUCCGUGCCAUGGCGAGCCCACCGGCCAAGAUGAAGUUUUGCCCCAUCCACAUGCUUUCUGUAAGAAUCAUACAAGCUAAGAACAUCAAGUCAAGAGACCUGUGGACAGUUCCACUUUCGUGCCAAAACCUUGCGGGGCAAUGUUAUUCACUGCUUGAUACCAGUCUGAAGUAUUUAGGCAUCUCGGGCUGCAGUAGAAAUCUUCCGUCAAGUCCUGACUCCAGCUCUGAAAGACAUCACCCUGGAGAUUUCCUUUCACACCGUUGUCAAGGUUCACAAAUGACUGCAUCAGACUGCUAUGUACGCUUGUGGCUGCCGUCUGCUUCACCUGGAAAGCUUCAGACCAAAACCAUCAGGAAUUCUGACAACCCUGUCUGGAACGAGACUUUCUACUUCAGGAUCCAGAGAGAAGUGGAGAACAUUUUAGAAUUGGCAGUGUGUGAUGAAGAUCCAUUCACCAAAGAUGACAUGCAGUUCACAGUUCUUUUUAAUGUUGCUAGAAUCAGACCUGGGGAGACAAUCCGGGAGACAUUUGCUUUGAAAUCAGAGACAGAGAGCUGCUUUAAGAAAUGGGAAAGUUUGGAAGUGGAAUUCUGGAUGGAAAGAGUUCCUGGCCCUCCAGAGCAUCUCAUUACCAAUGAUGUCCUAGUGUCCCGUGAGGUUUGCUGCUUGGAAGUGCAUGUGGACAUUAACGAAAGCAGGAAAUACUUGAAAGAGGGUAAAAAUCUUGUGCUUACGGUGCCUGCUUCUCAUGAGAGAAUACAGAAGACGACAGAGGACACUGAUACUUUCUACUUCCAUUGCGUGAAGGCUUGGGAGCCAGUUCUAAAAAUCAGGCUGCAGAAAGUUUCUGAUAAGGAAGAUGACAACAGCAAUUUAAGUGACACCUUAAAGAUACCACUGAAAUUUCUCCCUGUUGGACAUAAAGUGAAAGUAACCCUCCCUGUGAGACAUAAUGUGCCACUACAGUUGUACCUCCAACUAAAUAAUUGCACAGAAAGACUAGAUGUGCGCUUAGGGUAUGAUCUGUGCCAAGGAGAGCAGCAGUUCCUGCAUAAGAGGAAGAGAGUUGUUGCUGGUGCCCUGAAAAGGGUUCUUCACCUGGAAAGAGACCUACAUGGACAUGAGGUCCCAGUAAUAGCUGUGAUGGCAACAGGCGGAGGUCUCAGAGCAAUGUCAGCUAUGUUUGGCCACCUCUUAGCUCUUCAGAAGCUGAAUCUGUUGGACUGUGUCACCUAUCUCACCGGGGCUUCUGGCUCAACAUGGACCCUCGCAGACCUGUAUGAGCAUGCUGACUGGUCACAGAAGUCUCUGGAGGGGCCACUUAAAGCAGUAAAAGAACAAGUGACAAAAUGCAAACUCAACCUUAUGUCUCUAGACCAUCUGAGGUAUUAUCACAAGGAACUUGCUGAAAGGGCAAAAGCAGGACAUGUGCCAUCUUUUACAACCCUGUGGUCACUUGUUCAGGAGAUGUUCUUACAUGGACAGCCAAGAAAGUACAAACUCACAGACCAGCGCAAGGCAUUGGAGCAUGGACAAAACCCACUGCCUUUCUAUGCAGUCCUCAAUGUGAAAGAGGAGAAGUUUGGUACUUUCAAAUUCAGAGAGUGGGCAGAUUUCUCUCCUUACGAAGUGGCCAUACCAAAAUAUGGAGUCUCCAUUCCUUCAGAAUAUUUUGACAGCGAGUUCUUCAUGGGAAGGCGAGUGAAGAAGCUGCCAGAAUCUCGGAUCUGCUAUCUGGAAGGUCUUUGGACAAACAUCUUUACCAGGAAUUUGCUGGAUGGCUUGUACUGGUCCUCAAAUUCAAAUGAAUUCUGGGAACGAUGGUCCCAAGAUAUGGUAGAUAUAGAAAAACAUUCUCCUGAGGAAGAUGUUACUGUUAUCGAGCCUCCAUCUUGUUUGUCAGGAAAGUUGUAUGAAAUGUUUCAGGACAUUAUGACCAAGCGUCCACUGCUGGGAAAGUCACAUAACUUCCUGAGAGGCUUAGAGUUUCAUAAGGAUUAUAUCCAUCAGAAAAAAUUUAUUGAAUGGAAAGACACCGUGCUGGACGGUUUCCCUAACAAUCUGACACCGCUGCAGAAAUAUCUUUGUCUGAUAGAUGUUGGCUAUUUCAUCAACACCAGUGGUGCAGCACUUUUCAAGCCGGAGAGGAACGUAGAUGUCAUUAUAUCCCUUGAUUAUGGUUUGGGGCAUGUGUUCAAGCAAUUAGAGAUGACGUAUAAAUAUUGCAAGAUACAAAAUAUCCCCUUCCCCAAAGUGGAGCUAAGUCCAGAAGAAGAGAAGAACCCAAAGGAAUGUUAUAUAUUUGCGGAUUCAGAGGACCCCAGAGCACCUAUAGUAAUCCAUUUUCCCUUGGUGAAUGACACCUUCAAGGAGUUCAAGGAGCCAGGGGUGAGGCGUGGUCAGUCAGAGAUGGAAGAAGGCAAAGUAAAUCUAGACAACAACUGCUCACCGUACUACCUCAUUAGGCUAAUCUACUCCUCUGAAAAUUUUGAUAAACUUGUGAACCUGAGCAAAUACAACAUCCUCAAUAACAAAGACCUGCUCCUCCAGGCAAUCAGGAGUGCUGUAGAACGAAAGAGAAGCAGAAGGACUGGGAAUUUCUCCAGCUACUCUGGAUACCCCUAGGCUGGAUUUUUGUACUGUUCCCCACCGAAGGCUAUAGCAGCACAUUGCAACACAUCACAGUCACAUCACAACACAUCACAGUGUUCAUUAUUUGCAGAAAACUGAGUAAACCUGUACAUUUCUCAUCUUGCAGUGUUCAAGCUCCUAGCUUUCAAAAGGGUUUAUUUUAUCUCCUUCCCUCAUAUUUUCAGCCCACAAGAGCCUCACAAUGUGGUCUUACUUGUUUAGAAAUUAGGGUCCUGGUUAGCAGAGACCUCCCAGGAUCCUCCUUGCUGUUACAGUAUAUGGUGGUGGUGAUAGUUCUUUGUAUGAGCUUGUCCCUUCAGCCCUGAGCCCAUUGCCAGUGUCCUUUCAAUGCAUUACAGACCAAGUCCUGGCCAUUUGCAUUCAGUGAUGUCCAGAUUUUCAGAUAGGCUGAGCAACCAGAAUUUGCACUGAAGUGGUGGGCUCAGCUUUGGAGUCAGGCAUAUAUAUGUGAACAGCAGCCAAACUGCAGUGUGGACAAUGGCACUUUGGCCAAUUCCCCUUGCUGAUUUAGAAAUUACUCCUUUUUUACAUUCUUCUGCAAGAGUUUGGCACAGAAACACUGCUCCAGACUACCAUGAAAGGGGUGGUUACAUUUCAAGAGAGAGGGUGGUAGCAGCAGUGAGUGAGCAGGGUUCUUUUGAGCACUGGCUGGAGGAAAAGUUCUGCAUAAAGGACAAGGGAUAGUAUUGAUUUAUAUCAGCAGUGCCUUUAUGGAUUAAAAUGUCGAGAGCCUGAAACACAUUUUUCAUAGCAGGAAGCUUGAGAGGAAUAAUUACCAUAGACUGAGGUACAUUUAAUUUAGUGAUCAUGACUGAGACAUAAGCUGGUUCUCCUUACAGAUAUAAACUGAAUGCAGGACAACAUAACUCACGGAGUGCAGAGCCAUUGUAUUUUCACACACAGAAGAUUUUGCCCUUUAUAGUCUUCUAUCCCUAACAUCACAGGCAAAGUAUUUUUAAUAGGUGCUACAUAAAAUAGAGCACAAAUUUAAAAAAAUAGGAUACCCAUUUUCCUCCUUGCCAAUGGACAAUACUUGGAAAAUGACACCUGGUUUUCAUUUGCUUUGGAAUGCAGUGAGAGACUUUGCCUCGAGCUAGAAGCUUGGAACAUCUUUAUAGCCCUCCACUACAUUGAAAAGAUGACAGGGAAGGAUGCUGAGAAUAUAAAACAGAACUCCACAGAAGUCAGAGAAGUUUGUGGACUUCCUCAAGCUGAAGGAUUUGGAUCUGCUUCUGCAUUAUUUAUUCCAAACGCAGCAUAUCAGAACUUCCUCAGAACUUCCAAGGAAAAUCUUACAUAUUUAUUCUGAGUUGCAAAUUUACUUGAGAUCUAGAAUCAGUUGUACUUGAAAUCCAGAAUCAGACAAAGAAUGAGAAAGAGAGGUCUGUCUUUUUGGUAUAUGCAGGCAAUAUUGAAGCUCAAAGGGAGAGCAUUUACAAAACACUUGAUUGCCUGACUGAAGCCUCAGCAAUGCUUCUUGUACGAUGCUUACUUGCUGAGCUAAGGAAUGCCAUCCAGAACUGAGAAGCCUUAACAGCUGGAAUGCAACUGUACUUUGGGAUUCAGAUCAUGAGAAGUUAAGAACUAAUCAGGUACUGGCUGCAAGACAAAAUAUAAAGAGCCAUUUUGAGUUGAGAGCUGAUCCAGCUGGAUCUGUUCCCUUUGCACAGGAGAGCAGCAUGUCCUGGCAAAGUGUUUUGUGGCACAUACAAGCCCACAUGGCUCUAUGCCCAAGGUGUGUAUUGCAAUAAGUUACUGAGACUCCAUUUUCUUCAUGCAGGAAAAGCCAAUUCUUCAUUCACAUCACUUACUUUAUACAGUUUCCACACACCUCGUGUGCAGCACCUAUUGGCUGGUAGUUUUCUACUACUUCAUUUUUUGGUCAGAAGGUGAUUUGUGUGUACGGGCUAAGAUUCAGGUUGUUUACAUUUUUCCUUCAUGGGUUCUCAUGGAACAGAUCUUAUUGUUCCAUGAGAUGCACAGAUGCACUUAUUUUUCAACCCAAGAACAGGUUGUUGUGCUAAGGAACCUUUCACACCAAGAUUGUUUUCGCAUGAGAACUUGCAAAUCACUUAACUACACUUAGAAGAGAUGACAGGCUAGCUAUUAAUUUAAUAGAGCAGGCCUGAUUUUAUGAGGCCUUUCUUUUAUAAUUCUUCUACCUGUCACAACAGGUGUGCACUAUUUCCAUGCUCCUCUGGCUGGUCCUAGAAAGCUCUGAUGCUGCAAAAUUGUAUCCCUGUUUUGCUCAUGGGCUACAGAGAACAAUCUGUAACUCUUGUGAACCUUGGCAGCACACGCCCAGCAGCAAGGCAGCUCAACCACACUGAGAAAGUUUGGUCUCUCAAAAUGCUCCACAGACUAAUGAUUGGGGCAUGUUUGGUGCAUUCACAGUGCUGCUAAUACAAAGAGAAAGGCCCAGUAAAAUGUGAAGGAGCCACAAAACCACAAGGUUUUUGGGUAACCCACAGCUGGUGGGGAAAUUACUGUUCUGAGGGACUGUUAAAUCCUGUUACGAAGGGAGUGAAAGAGGUGGGAGGGAGCUGUGGGUGGGGAAGGUGGUGUGACUCUUCUGUCACCAGAGGUUUUGCCAACACUUGAAGUCAGUUUGGGAGCUGCUGUCUAAUCUUGCAGCCAGAGGCACAGACAGGCAUGUGCUCCUUCAUUUCCUCAGUGCACCAUGAGGUACCUCUGUAGCCUUUAAUGAUAAUGGUUUUUAAAAAUAUAUUUUUGCAUUUCAGAGCCUGUAAUUAUGUGAGGGCUGUAUCACUGCCCAUCCGAGUGCCUUUUUGUUUCAUUUUGGUUGCCUUUUUGUUUUUGUAACAUGAUGUGGGUGUGGCACAGGGGACCAGUUUAGUGGUGGACGUGGCAGUGCUGAGUUAACAUUUGGACUGGAUAGUUGGAGAGGUCUUUUCCAACCUAAACAAUUCUGUGAUUCUGUGACUCUGAAGGAGUGCCUUGCUGGCUUGAUGGUGUAGCAGGAGGACAUUUAUGAGGACAGAGGCUGCUGGAGAACUCUGCAUGUUGGAGGGACCUACACCUUGCCCAGUCUUGUCUGUGCAGCUUGUGGGAGGUGGUGGCUGGCACAGGUUGUCCCUGAAAGCACUCCUGAGCUCUGGUGCAGAGCAUGCUGAUUUGCAUUGCCCCGAACCCACAGAAAUAUAGGGCAUAGUUUCAGUGACAUAAGGCUGAUCAGUGACUUGUGCUCAGGACUGGUCCUUGUUCCCUUUAGGGUAAACAUGGAGUCUAAAGACCUCUGAAAUUUUGUUGUUCCUCAGAGGCUGUGGUUUAUUUUUCCCUUGGUGCCAUUCUUGCCUGGCCUAGUACCACAAGUUGUGCUGUGACUGAAAAGAGAGCAUGCAAACCAGAGCAGGCACUUCCAGGAGAAAAGAGGCAUGUGCCAUACUUAUAAACCAGGCCUGGCUGGUCUGGUGUUGUGUUUGCUUAAGCACUGAAGAUGAAUGCAUGCCUGCCAAAAACCUCAUCCAAAAUACACCCCAGAUCACUGCUCUCUGAUUUUGCUGGGAAACUCCAAAAUCCAGAGCUUGCUAUCUGCUGCCAAACUCAAAGGAAAUGAGAUUGUUCUUAUAACUGUUAGUUGCUCUUCAUAGAAUUUGCUUGCUUGUGGCUUUUACCUGUUUAAUAAUAUAUUAAUUAAAAAUAAAAUAUUGCAAAAGAUCGCCAGACCCAUGAAAGUCUUUAUGCACUUAAAAACAAGACAAGGUUUUUUCCAGGUGUAUAAGCACUACUUAUGCUGAGUGUGUGCUGAGAACUUCUCAGGGCAUUCACUGGUUUCAAAAUUAGAAGAAAUCUGGGAGAAGAUCUUCUGGUUUUCAAAGGUAUGGAGAGCCUGGAACAAAAUCUACCUCCCGAGGUAAAGCCCUCUUCAGUGGAAUGGCAAAAGGUGGGAUGAGGAGGCAGCUGUACUGUGCCACAGCCAAGGCACAUCUUUGUUCAAUUAAACAAUGUUUAAAAAUACUGAAGCUGGUUUUGUUUUGAUUUGUUUUUUAAAUCAGUUAUAAAUGAUCAACAGUAAUGAAAUGUAUGUUUCUCAUUACUUUGAUAU